AGGCUGGAGCUUUCACAGAGCGAUUUGCUUUUGAAGGAAUUACCUAUACUGUGGAUUAAUGAUCGACUCGGAUCAGGUCUUUUAUUGCACCCAGGAUGUAUGUGCGACGACAAAAGGAACACGCCUGGAUUCACAUUGUUACGCUGCUUUGUCUUUGCGACUGGUCUGUCUCUCAGUUAUCUUACUCCAUCUCCGAGGAGGUGAACAAAGGCACCGUGGUGGGGAAUAUCGCAAAGGAUUUGAACAUCAAUGUCCAAGAUCUAGAGAACAGAGACCUCCAAAUUGUAUCGGGUUACAGUAAGAAAUAUUUUGAUGUGAAUUUGCGGGCCGGGAACCUCUUUGUUGACGACAGAAUAGACAGAGAGGAGUUUUGUCCUAACACGGUAAAAUGCUCCUUGAAAUUACAGGCCGUUUUAAACAAUCCAAUGACUGCACAUCGUAUUGAAGUUAAUGUUGUAGAUAUAAAUGAUAACUCGCCUGUUUUCACUGAACACUCGCAUUUAUUUAAUAUCUCAGAAUCAGUGUCACCGGGAGAGCGAUAUUUUCUGCCAAUAGCGGAAGAUGCAGACAUAGGCAGCAACUCGGUAAAGAGCUACAAGCUGAGCCAGAAUGAAUAUUUCGCUCUUGAUGUGCAGAGCGGUGGAGAACACGGUGUGUCUGCUGAGUUGGUGCUGCAGAAAGCUUUAGACAGAGAGAAACAGCCAGUAAUCAAACUCCUCCUGACAGCUGUGGAUGGAGGAAAACCUCCGAGAUCGGGUACAUUGCAGUUAACUGUGAAUGUUAUAGAUGUUAAUGACAAUACACCAGUGUUUAGUAAAUCUCUUUACAAGGCGCGUGUCAAUGAAAAUGCCACCCCCGGAACACUCGUUAUUAAGUUAAAUGCAACCGAUUUAGACGAAGGCAUGAACAGUAAGAUCCUGUAUUCUUUUAUCAAAAGAGGAAAUGCGAAUCCAUCAAAUAUGUUUGAUCUUAAUUCAGAAACAGGAGAAAUCACUGUGAAGGGAACAUUAGACUAUGAAGAGACGCCUGCUUAUGAGGUCAGAGUUCAAGCAAUGGAUCAGGGUAUUUCCCCUCGUAGUGCAUAUGCAAAACUGCUGACAGAGAUAAUUGAUGUGAAUGACAAUGCCCCAGAAAUAUCUGUGACGUCACUCAUGACCCCAGUUAAAGAAGACGCAGAACUGGGGACAAUAGUUGCUUUGGUUACAGUCAGUGAUAAAGAUGGAGGGAACAAUGGUGUAACUAACUGUAAGGUAGUUGGGUCUGUUCCCUUUAAACUCAAGUCCAACUACAAAAAUGACUAUUCAUUAGUCGUAGAUGGACCACUGGACAGAGAAAACACUUCUCUUUACAAUGUCACUAUUACAGCCACAGAUGAGGGAAGUCCACCUCUGUCCAGUAUCAGGGUCAUUACUGUUCAUGUUUCUGAUGUCAAUGAUAAUGCACCUCGCUUCAUGGAGCCUGUGAUCAAUGUUUAUGUUAAAGAGAACAGUCCUGUUGUCAUCUUUCUGCUCAGCCUCAUCAGUUUAAUAGCUGUCAAAUGCCACAGGACAGACGGCACUUUCAGCAGGUACAGCGCCCCAAUGAUCACCACCCACCCUGACGGGAGCUGGUCUUACUCCAAAGCUACUCAGCAGUAUGACGUGUGUUUCAGCUCAGACACACUCAAGAGUGACGUAGUGGUUUUCCCCGCACCGUUUCCGCCUGUUGAUGCUGAGCUGAUCAGUAUUAAUGGAGGAGACACUUUUACCAGAACCCAGACUUUACCCAACAAAGAAAAGUUAUCUUACUCCAUCUCCGAGGAGGUGAACAAAGGCACCGUGGUGGGGAAUAUCGCAAAGGACUUAAACCUCAAUGUCCAAGAUCUGGAGAAUAGAGACCUCCAAAUUGUAUCGGGUUACAGUAAGAAAUAUUUUGAUGUGAAUUUGCGGACCGGGAACCUCUUUGUUGACGACAGAAUAGACAGAGAGGAGUUUUGUCCUAACACGUUUAAAGUUCAGGCCACAGACUCUGGUGUUCCUCCGCUCAGCAGCAAUGUGACUGUCAACGUUUUAAUCCUGGAUGAAAAUGACAAUAAUCCAACAAUUCUCGCGCCAUAUUCUGAGCACGGCUCCGUUAACAGUGAGAGCAUCCCCUAUUCUGCUGAAGCGGGAUACUUUGUGGCAAAGAUCAGGGCUGUAGACGCAGACUCUGGAUACAAUGCGCUGCUCUCUUAUCACCUCUCUGAGCCCAAAGGAAACAACCUCUUCCGCAUCGGAACCAGCACCGGAGAAAUCAGGACUAAGAGGAGAAUGAGUGACAAUGACCUGAAAACUCACCCCUUGGUGGUGUUGGUGUCUGAUAACGGAGAACCCUCCCUGUCAGCUACUGUGUCUAUUGAGGUGGUGGUGGUUGAGAGCACAGCUGACAUCCAGACUCAGUUCAGACAUGUGCCCAUAAAGGAGGACAGCUUCUCUGCGCUGAACCUCUAUCUGCUGAUCGCCAUUGUGUCGGUGUCAGUCAUCUUUCUGCUCAGCCUCAUCAGUUUAAUAGCUGUCAAAUGCCACAGGACAGACGGCACUUUCAGCAGGUACAGCGCCCCAAUGAUCACCACCCACCCUGACGGGAGCUGGUCUUACUCCAAAGCUACUCAGCAGUAUGACGUGUGUUUCAGCUCAGACACACUCAAGAGUGACGUAGUGGUUUUCCCCGCACCGUUUCCGCCUGUAGAUGCUGAGCUGAUCAGUAUAAAUGGAGGAGACACUUUUACCAGAACUCAGACUUUACCCAACAAAGAAAAGGUAAGAACAUAA